GUUGUGUUAGCAACUUUGUAUAACAUUAAUUUUUUCAAAAUGAAUAGUUGGAUUGUCAUAACAUUUGGCCUAAUUUUGAUCGUGAUUACCGAAUCGGUCAAGGCUCAAUCGACGUCUGGGCCAUCCACUCAAAUUGAGAGGCCGCAAGUGAUUCCCGUGACUGUAAUUCCCAUCGAAACGACUUCGACGGCGCCCAUCAGUCAGCUAUCCAGCGUAACUCCGUCAUCGAGCUCUACUACAAAAGUAAUUGAGCCCGUUGGUUUUUCAAGACGCCCGCAAGAAAGCCAAUCCAGCCCCUCAACAAAUAGUUCUCCGAGUAGACAGCAAAUGAGCCAAUCAAGUGGUCCCAGCUCCUCGACCAAAGCUCCGAGUAAAUCGUCCAAUAGCUCGUCCAGUAAAUCAUCAAGUGGAUCGUCGAAUGGAUCGCCCAGCGGUUCGUUUCAAGAACUAGGUGCGAAAAGACGCACGCCAAUUAUCAACGAGAACUGUACGUGGUCGUCUUUUGGCGUCGAGUCGAACUGCUUAGUCAUAUACAUACUAGCACCGUUCAGAGCAUUUGAGAGAUUUUCCGCGUUUGUUCAAAAAUUGUGGUAGUGUUUGCUCGAAAAAUCAAAUGCGAUCAAUAUAGUUUGUUUGUUGACGAUCACAAUAUUGUUUAUUUCUCUCUUUUUGAAGACAUGUAUUUUAUAGUCGGUAUGCAAUAUAAAUCUCGAAUCCUUAUUAAUUCAGGGACAUGAAUAAAUAAUACAUCUUA